GGUGGCUGUAUUGACGGGAAGAUAUUCUUCAGCUGGUGCGGAUUUGAUUUGGGACGGUGUGCAGUUCACAGAGUCCUGGACUCGGACACGUCAAUGUAAUCCCGGAUGUUUGUGAUGGAGUACCAGAUGUUUGGCCUCCCCUCUGCCAGCGCCCAUGCAUUUUAUGAAAUGAGAUAGGGGAAGAAGAAGUGCAGGACACCAUAUUUAAACUAUAGUACAGUGAACCGCAGAAACCAGAAAUUUGGACAUUACCUCCUCUGGUUCUGUAGAACAGCAGCAGUAAUUAUAUGAACUGCCAUGGCACGUGGUGAUUACACAGUGCAAGAAGUGGAGGCAUUAAAGCAAGUGGGACGGGACAACUCAUUCCGAACAUGUGUUCUCACCAUGUUCAUCUUUCUGGCCCUGUGCAUAAUCCUUAUUGUGAUUGCUUGGACAACAUGGAGACCAACCAGUGAAAAGGAUUCCUAUUCAUAUCAUAGUAAAUAUGGUGAAAGAGAACACAUUUCAAGCCUGGACACAGAGCAUCCAGUUACAGAAUUUGAGCAACAAACCACAAGGAAUGCUCGUCUUAAGGAGUACAAGACAACACCUCACAUACAGCAUCGUAUUAAGAAAACAACACAAACAACAGAAACAUCAGCAACCACUGAAAGUCGUUUGCUUCGGUUGGUAGCUCUUGAAACAACAGAAACACUUAAGAGUAAGAAAUCAAGACAGACAAGACCAACCACUACAGAGCUGUCCCUGCCUGUACAAGUAAACUAUCCAAAUAUUACUACUAGUAUUACUGCUGCUGCUGCUGCUGCUACUACUACUACUACUACUACUACUACUACUACUACUACUGCUACUACUACUGCUACUGCUACUAACACAGAAAGUUCUCUGAAGCGACAUAUAAUGUUUACAUCACUAGCAGCCUCUACACAGAAACCUUUGACACAAUCAGAGGAGUAUGACAAAACAGCUACAUCUGUAGCUGACCCUCUGACACGACUGACUGAGCAAGCUACAACAAUAUCAACAGUACCAGUUACUUCAUUGCAAAAGGAGCAACCAUUAACAACCACUGCAGGAGAAAUAUCCAUACAAGUAGAAGAAAUUUCUGAUGGUAAAGUAGCCAGCAUCACAAUCACUUCAGCCCAGCACGUUAAUCAUACAACACCACAUGCUGAAAAAUCUGAAAAACAAUUAACAACGACUGUUAAUCCUGUUCAUUGGCACUUAACUAAAAAGACGUCAGUGCCAACCAAAGGACUUUCUGAUACACAGCAUUUAGAAUAUGCAACAAAACCAAGUCCACUGCAGACACAGCCGGAAACAAUAUCAAGCAUUAAAAAUCCUCUAUUGAAAUACAAAACAACAAAUUUAAUAAACUCUACUGAGAGCACAAAAGCAACUUUCAUUGCAGAAAGUCUGAAACCAGAGGAUCAACUAACACAACAGCAUCUUUUUUAUAUGCUGGUUUAUGGAAAGCAAGCAUCUACCCAAUCAACAGACUUAUUAACAAGCUCCACUCUCGAUGCAGAAAAUGAUUCUUCAUUUACACCUACUACCGUGUCUGAGAAAGAUGAUACUUCAAAUCACACCAAUCCAGAGAUUACUGCUAUAGAACAACUUACAUCAAGUUCCAAGAGUAGUGAAAGCCCCUUUAACAGUCUAACAACACCACCUACAACCAUGAACAACAGUAGUUCUGCUACCCGUACUUUGUCUACUGCACCUGUCAGUGAACUGUUAUCUUUCACUCCAGCUAAUGAGAAUGUUACUUCUCAUAGCAUCACUGCUGCUGUUGGGUUUACUAUUACAGACAGAUCAAGAACACCUUCUAUAUCUACUACUGACAGCACAGAUACAGGAUCUGCAACUCCCACCAGUUUGCUGACAUCUACCAAUAGUUCUGGUCCUUAUAUUCAACCUCUUUAUUUACUGAUAGGUACAAGUGGUUCUACUGAUUCUACUAUUCCAACCAUCACUUCUACUGCAGAUAGUACAGUUAUUACUGAUUCGUCUGUUUCUGUCAUUGAUGAUAUAUUAUCGCAGACCACUCCCACUGUACAACUUAUAAAUAUUAGUAGUAUUUCAACUACAGCAGAUGAACCAACUAAUACGGCCAUUACUAAGGAAACAUCAGCUGUCAUUUCUAAUACAACAGCAUCUGGUAGUUUUCUUUCUGUCAUGUCAACACAGCAUAGUCCACUUACAAGUGACAAAACAUCCACAGCUACACCAUCACACAGGAACCAGAAGAUCAUUUUAAAUGCUACAGUUGUAACAGAAGGAAUCACACAUUGCACAUCAAGUGCAUGCAAGGUUUUGGCUAGUCGAAUGUUGAGUCUGAUGAACCACUCUGCAGAUCCAUGUGAAGAUUUCUAUGAAUAUGCUUGCGGUGGGCUGCGUGACAACCGAAAUCUUCUGCAGCAUGACCCUGAGUAUGAGGUCUGGACCAGGAUUGCUAGUGCUGUUAGACAGAUAGAUGUCCACAGCUCUGAAGCAUUCAAAAAGUUCAGUCGUUUCUAUGAACAGUGUUUGAUGUUUGACUCUCUUGUAAAUAAGACAUCUCGCUUGGAGCAAGUUCGGAAGGUUCUGAGCAGUGUUGGCAAGAUGUACAACUAUACAGGGUGGACAGCAGGGAAUCUAAAUCUGAAUCUUACCAGUCUGCUCGUGAAACUUUUCCAGCUGAACAGUGCUCCACUUUUUGAUGUCCAACUGGAUGUUGAUACACACCAUCCAUCCAGAUUCUUGUUUAAGUUGACUGCACCACUCCAUCAGUCCAAGUUUCAGUCUGAAUCCACCUUUGCAGCCAAAUGCAGGAGCCGGAUUGUUGCUCAGAACAAGAACAAUGUGAAUCUAAAAGAGAUUUACUUAAACAAAUAUCUGCCUUGCACAAGAGAUUAUGGACAAUACAUGAAUGCUACAGAGAAGGCUCUUAAGGAACUGGGCAUGUUCAAAGAUCUGGAGCUGUUUCAUGAGGCACAGUACAUAAAGGAUCUUAGAUUCUUUAUUGAGUUUGAGAUCCUACACCACCUAACAGAACUGCCAGAUGCUGGAGAAAUUAGACACAUUCUUUUGUCGAAGCAGUUUAUGAGCAUGUCUGUUGAAGAUCUUCAGACCAAAUACCCAUUGGUAGACUGGAAGACACUUCUAAGUGCACUGGUGGGUCAUACUGUUAGACCAGACACAACCAUCCAGCUCUACUUUGAAAACUACUUUGACAGUCUCUUCAUUAAACUCAGUGAAGUAUUCAAUGCAGACAACAAAAAUAGGAUGAACAUGCACAAUGCACUGCUUGCAAUGUUUGCACAUGACCUGCAUGUGGAUCUGGUGGAGACAAGGAGCCCAUGCAACCGUGAAGACUACUGCCUCAGGGUGGCCAGUGGUCUGCUGGAAGAUGUGUCAUCUGCACUGUACCUUUCCACUUUCACAAGGGAGGAGUUGAAUGCCAUGGAGUUAGAACUUCAGACACUCUUUACCCAGUUGAAGUUUACCCUCCAGGAGCAGUUUCAAGAUGUUAAAUGGCUGGAUGAUUCUUCACGCUCAUAUCUCACCAGCAAGCUGCAACAGUUGGUUCCAGUCACUGAUGGAGGCAGAGUUUUCCUGGGUGACUCCUACCUGCUCAAUGAACGGCUGUCAGAAGUUGAUAUGAAUAUUUCCAAUAGUUACCUCCAGAAUGCAGUGCAGUUGAUGGGUCGGUACAGAAGCAGCAUGUAUUCCUUGUUCAGUAAUGAACCGAACUUAACAGACACCAUCUGGACACACUUUCUUCUGCCCUAUGACACCCAAGCUAUUGCUAUAUAUCAACUCAAUACUGUUGUGAUCCCAUUUGGGUUGAUUGGGUCUCCACAAUCCACACCUGAUCUACCAGCUUAUGUUUUCAAAGCUCGGGUUGGCAACGACAUAGCCCGCCAGAUAGCACACCAUUUUGACACUACAGGAAUUGAAUAUGGAUCAAAUGGAAAGGAUGUAAAUCUCUUGUCUGAUGCCACAAGAUACCAUUAUAGUAACAUCAAAUACUGUGAUGAGGCAACUUACUCAUAUGAAAAGUCAUGGACUAAUCAAGAACAUCAGAUCUUCACUUACAAGACGGAAGCAUCACAGUCUAUGAAUGAACGUUUUGCAGACAGCAGUGCACUACAUUUAUCAUACCAGACAUUCAGAAAGAAUGCUGCAUUGGAGCCUCUCCUGCCAUGGCUAGACAUGAGUCAUGACAAGUUAUACUACAUGUUGGUGGCACAGGAGUUGUGUACCAAGGGAGGUAUGCUGGACUACACAGUCCAACUGUUUGAGAGUGAGCAAAUGCCACCCUUCCUUAGAGUGGCUAACUUGGCACAGAAUUCUGAGGAGUUUUCUCAAGCAUACAGCUGUGGACGGGGUACUCAGAUGAAUCCUGAAGUAAAAUGCGGUUCAUUCCCUGAACUCAGAGAAAUGGAUGGAAGUGACUCUGAUCUUUCCCCUCAGUAAUGGACACAUAUGUGCUUAGUGAUAGAUGUUAAUUCAUUUGGCAGUGCAGUCGCAAGUAUUAUGAUGGUACUGGGUAGUGAACGACUUUGUAGUUGCAGUAGAUAAUGUCAGUUCUGAAAAUUAGGCCUGGACUUAUUUCUGCAUUGCAUUUAAGCCAAGCAAUUGGGUCCAUGCCAUAAGUGACACCAUGGCGGGAAAAAGUCUAGCUGCCAUUUGAAGUACAGAGUGCAACAAAGGAACCUUCAAACACAACUUUCUCAUGUCCAUAGCAUAAAUAGAACAAAGAGUGCUUUUGAAAGACACAAAGAAAUUAGUGAAAUACAGAACAUAUGGAGUAUUACUUUGUAUUAAACUCUCAAUAAAUCAAUUACAUUUGAUCAGGAUUAUUAGAGCUCUUUCUGAGAUUUGAUUUUGAAAUUCAGCCACCAUAUAAAGUGUUCUUUGUUUUUAAAUUAUUGGAUCCAUGUGAGAUUUGAGGUUCUCAUGGCAGUGAAUAUUAAAAUUAUUGUAUUCUGGAAUGUGAUUACAUGUGGUUUGACAGAUAAUCACAACAUUCUGGAGAAAUGUGCUACCUCUAUAUUUAGGUUAGAAUGAAGAUGGAGACAGCAGGUUUUUCCAAUAUAUUGGUACCCAUCUACCAAAUUCUGCUGCAUCUCAUGACAGAAGGCUUAUCUAUUAGAGACAUGUCCAUAGAGUACCUGUGUAAAAUAUAAACAGUUGUAUAUACUAGAAAGAUCAGUAAACCAUUAAGAAGUUAAAGGUAUGUAAUAGUGAGCCCAGUCAUUUCAAAACCAUAAUUUUCAAUUCAA